ACCUGUCUAGUAUUCGAUCACUUUUGCUCACCCUCGACGAGCAGUCGAGCGGCUGUGUUUACGUUUUGCGCCGACGGAAGAUGAAACGAUACUUUGGUGACCAAAAGUAGAUUAAUUGUUAAUAAAACGUUGUAAAACAGUUUAUCAAAAUCCGAAAAAUGGGUCGCCGUUCAAUAAACACCACCAAGAGUGGUAAGUACAUGAACCCAACGGACCAGGCCCGCAAGGAAGCUCGCAAAAAGGAGCUGAAGAAGAACAAAAAACAGCGACAAAUGGUCCGGGCCGCGGUGCUCAAAGGAAAAGAUCCCGCACAGCUAAUUGAAGAGAUGGAAAAGAUUGACGAGAUGGAGUUUAACGUGUACCAGCCGUCACCAUUGAACGAGAAAGUGUUGAAAGAGAAACGCAAGAAGCUGAAGGAAACGCUCGAUCGCGUUAUGCGCCUGUACCAGGCGGACGAUCCGGAGCUCUGGGCGGAUUUGAAGCGAAAGGAGGUAGAUUACGAGAAGCGUCGUAACAAACGCAUCCAGUACUACGAAAGCGUGCGCCAUGCGGAACAGGUACAGGUGGACGAUAUUCCGCUUCCUUCGGCUACCGAAACACCCACUCCCCUGUCUAUUCCGCGCAUACCGAUGCCUCCGAAUGUGGCACCGCCCAGUAUAGUUCCACCGCUAAGAAGCGUACCACCGCCGGCUCCGUUACUGAAGAAACCGGUCGAAAAUCCGGUGGAACCGACCGAACCUGUCGAUGACGAUGACGGUAUACCGGGUUGUCCACCGGGGCCUCCGCCGGACCUGUUCGAUAUGCCCGAGCUUGAUUACGAUCUGGAGAACUUCCACGCCGAAACACAGAAAAGCGUCAAGUUCUACGAUGAUGGUGAUUCCAAGGAUAACACGGAGGAAUCGGACGGUGGGGAGAAGCAGGUGAAGCAACCGAAUACCGUACAGCAGAAGAUGCUUGCCCUGUCCGGACAAAACAUCGAUGAUUUUAUGAAGGAGAUGGAAAGCGUACAGAAGAAAAAGGAACAAUCACACGAUGCGCCAUCCCUGCCCUCUAUGCCGACACCUUCCGUUCCUCCGCUACCGAACCCGGCACCACCACCGGAUGCAGCAAUGCCGAAGUUUAUGCCGAUGCCAUCGUCCAUCCCGAUGCCGGCACCACCUGGAUCGAUGCAACCGCUCAUGAUACGACCACCGCCCCUUAGGCCACCCGGUCUGUCCGGUAUGCCACCGGGCGGGCUACGCAUGCCGGGACGUCCCGGCAUCCCCGGAGGACCACCGCCCGGUAUGCCGCCACGGAUGGGCAUACGCAUGCCACCGGGACCACCGGCAGGACCGCCGCCCAAGCACAUACAGCAACAGCGCAACAUGCAACUCCACCAACAGGCCCAACAGCAACAGUUGCUGCAGCAGAAGGAUCCCAAAAGUGCCACCAUUUCGGCGAAACCACAAAUUCGAAACCUCAGUGCGGACGUCACACGGUUCGUGCCGAGCGCGUUGCGUGCGAAAAAAGACGAAGUACGAAAAGCGAAACCACCGGCAAGACCAGUGCACGAUCCGCAUGAUGCUCGCACGGUCAGUGCGGACCCUUCGAAGCCAACGAAAGACGACGCUUAUCUGCAGUUUAUGCGCGAGAUGGAGGAUCUGAUGUAACUGGGCGAAAAAUUCAAUAGCAUUAUUUCGAAAGUGUUCCAACGUUUGGUAGAGAUAGUAAUAAAUAAUUAUAAGACUAAACCGGCCGGGAAAA